CCCACCACGCUCGGCGAGGUCCUCAAGGAGGUCAUGCGCCGCCACGACGGCGUCACGAUCGACGCCAGCUCGUCAAAGGUGACGGCCACGUUCAUCAUCAAGGCGCGCGGCGCCCGCGCCGACGAGCGCGCAGAGCGUGCCAAGGCCGAGCUCACGGCCUGGCUCGAGAAGAAGAUCGAGGACAAGGUGCUCGUCCCCAAGGACUUGCGCGCCGUCAUCAUCGGCGCAAGGGUCCGCCGCACGCUCAAGUCGAUCACCGACUCGACCGGGUGCUCGAUCCAGAUCCCGCGCGACGACGAGCUCGACGCCGACUCGACCCCGGCCGACGACCCCGACUCGGGCCCGCAGAUCCCGAUCACGCUCUCGGGCGCGUCGACCGCCGUCGCCGCCGCCAAGCAGCAGAUCCUCGCCAUCGUGCGCGAGCGCACGUCCAAGGCGUCGGUCCGCGUCCCGGACGUGCCCGCCGAGCUGUGGGCCCUCCUCGGCGCGCGCGUCGCCGCCAUCCUCGAGCGCGCCGGCGACGGCGGCGACGACGCGCUCCUGUCGUCGUCGUCGAACGCGACCGCGGCGCAGCAGCAGGCCGACAAGGCCGUCACCGUCUCGGGCGACAAGGACGCGGUCAAGCGCGUCAUCGAGCUCAUCGAGCACGAGGUGGCCGACCUGCGCGCGACGGCCCGGGUCGUCUCGUUCCAGCUCCCCAAGCGCCAGCACCGCUUCCUCGCCGCGCCCUCGGUCGCCGACAAGAUCCUCGCCGAGACGGGCUGCGCCGUCGAGGUGGCCCCGGCCGACUCGGCGUCCGAGGACGUCGUCGUGCGCGGUCCCGGCCGCGCCACGGCCAAGGCGAUGCAACUCGUCAUGGACCUCGCCGACGCCGCGCCCGUCGAGCAGCUCGACCUCCUCACGGCGCACCGCGGCGCCCACGACCCGCGCGCGUACGCGGCCCACCUCGCGCGGUACCUCCUCGUCAAGGCGCGCCUGCGGCCCGUCGCCCUCUCGAGCGGCACCUCGAUCUUCCUCCCGCGCGCCGACACGAUCCCGAACGCGUCCAACGCGUGGCUCGAGAUCGUCGGCGACGGCGCAGAGGGCGGCUCGGGCCUCGAGGGCGUCGCCCAGGCGCGCGCGGCCGUCAUCGCCGAGGUGCGCCGCCUGCCGCCGUCGGCGUUCGACGUCGUCGAGGUCGACCCGCUCGUGCACCGCCACCUCGUCGGCGGCAAGAAGGGCGCGCGCGUCAAGCAGCUCGAGAAGGAGCACUCGGUCGACGUUGUCUUCCCGCCCGCCGAUGCCGACCGCAACGACGUCCUCGUCGUGUUCGUCGGCGACGACCCGGCCGGGCCCGAGGCGCGCUCGGCGCUCGACGCCGUCAAGGGCGCGAUCGAGGCCCUCGCGGCCGAGUACGCCGACCUGACGACCGAGACGAUCCAGGUCCCCAACGCGCUCCACGGCGCCGUCAUCGGCCAGGGCGGCACGACGCUCAACGCCGUCAUUGGCGAGGACAAGCUCGUGCACGUCCAGUUUGCGCCCGCGAGCGGCGCCGAGGACGACGUUGUCGUGCGUGGGCCAAAGGACGAGGUGGCGCGCGUCAAGGGCGAGCUGCUGCGCAUCGCCGAGGAGGCCAAGAACGAGGAGAUCGUCAACUCGCACGUCAUCGAGUUCGAGAUCCCGACCGAGCACGUGCGCCACAUCGUCGGCAAGUCGGGCGCCGGCGUCAACAAGCUGCGCGAGGACCUCGGCGUGCGCGUCGACUUUGGCGGCGAGCAGGGUGCGGCGGCGGCGGCGGCCAAGAAGGGCCCGACGAGCAAGGUGACGGUCAAGGGCCGCAAGGAGAACGCCGAGGAGGCGCAGCGCCGCAUCCAGUCGCUCGCGACCCGCAUGGCCGACGAGGUGACGGUCACGAUCCCGCUCGCCGCUUCGGUCGAGCGCGGCUCGCUCAUCGGCAAGCAGGGCGCGUUCCUCAAGCGCCUCGAGGACCGGUACGACGUGCGCAUCAACUUCCCGCGCGGCAAGGCCGACGACAAGUCGUCGCCGCAGGAGAUCUCGAUCCGCGGGCCGACCAAGGGCGCAAAGGCGGCCCAGGGCGAGCUCGUCGCCCUGAUCGAGUACGAGAAGGAGCACGGCAACGUCGCGAGCUUCUCGGUCGCCGUCAAGGCGCUCCCGCGCAUCCUCGGCCGCGGCGGGUCCCAGGUCAACCAGAUCAAGGACGACACGGGCGUCGCCUCGCUCGACGUCGACCAGGAGAGCUCGGACUCGACGACGGCCACCAUCACGCUCCGCGGCACCAAGUCGAGCAUCAAGAAGGCGCGCGAGGCCGUCGAGAAGAUUGCCCAGGAGGUCCAGGACGAGCUCCGCCUCGAGCUCGACAUCCCGCGCGAGUUCCACACGACCCUCAUCGGCUCGGGCGGCUCGAGCAUCCGCGACUUGAUCGCGCGGUGCGGCGGCCCGACCGACGCUCGCGCGUCGGGCAACACGGUCCGAUUCCCGCGCCAGGGCGACGGCAAGGACAAGGUGAUGAUCACGGCGCCGUCGACCGUCGCCGACAAGAUCCGCGCCGCGCUCGAGCACGAGGUCGAGCUCCUCCAGUCGCGCGUCGUGUGGGGCGUCGUCGUGCCGCACCAGGCGCACGCCGCCGUCAUCGGCAAGGGCGCCCAGGCGCUCCAGGACCUGCAGCGCAAGCACGGCGUCAAGGUCGUCAUGCCCGGCUGGAACGACUAUGCCUCGGCGGGCGAGCCCGAGAACCAGGCCGACGUCGCCGACGCCGACGCGCGCGACCUCGUCAAGGUCGUCGGCCCCAAGGACGCUGCCCUCGCCGCCGCGACCGACCUCCAAGCCGUCAAGCCUCGUGGCGGCGCCGGCGGCUCGGGCUCGGGCGCGAGCACGCCCGGCGGCGCGGCCCACUCGGUCGAGGUCGCCAUCCCGAAGAAGCUGCACGCGCAGGUCGCGCAGGGCGGCCGCUUUUUCCGGUCGCUGCCGUCGGGCACGCGCGUGUCGCACCGCGGCAUCAAGCCGCCCUCGUCGGCGCUCAAGAGCAAGAAGCCGCCUGCGCCCUCCUCGUCGGCCCGGGCCUCGUCGUCGUCCAACGGCGCGGCCCGCAUCGACGACGACGGCGCCGACGCGUCGAACGGCGCGACCGACGGCGCCGAGGCGCUCGAGUUCCAGCUCGUGUCGCUGCACGCCGACGACAACGGCGACUCGACCGAGGCCGACGACGACUCGAUCCCGUGGGUCGUCGAGUCGCGCACGCAGGAGGACGCCGAGUCGGUCGCCGACGAGAUCCGCCGCAACCUCGCCAAGGCGCAGGACGCGUCGCACGUCGGGUUCGUCACGGUCCCGCGAGGCCUCAUGCCGCGCAUCGUCGGCCGCGGCGGUUCCGGGCUCGACCGCCUGCGCGCGACGGGCGUCGACGUCGAGGUUGUCGGCAAGCGCGACGCCAACCAGCUCACGCUCACGGGCUCGCCCGUCAACAUCGACUCGGCGUACGCCAUCAUCCAGGAGCUCAACGCGCCUCGCCCGCCUCGCCGUGAC